AUGUACGCAUACACCUCGCGAUCUCUCGGACUCGGACUCGUCUCGUGGGUGCUCGCCCUCGAUGGAUUUGGGCGGGUGUUUGGGCAGCUAAACUCGACGUUACCUAUGACGGUGGGGAUUGGGGACCUUCCGGGGUGUGCGCUGCCGUGUGCGACGACGGCCUCGACGGCUGCUGGCUGUGCCCUAACCGACACAGCGUGUCUAUGCAGUCGCAGCGGGUUCUCGCUCGCUGUCAUCCAAUGUUCACGUCCGCUCUGCCCUGUAGAAGAUCAGAGUACAGUUAGCGGCGUACUAGGGGACCUCUGUGCACAAGUCCCGUCCCAACCUCCCGCAUUGCCCUCGUCCUCGUCCUCCCAAACCUCCCAGACAAGCCGCUCCUUCCCUAGCGCGGUCCCUACCACUUCACAAGGCACAAAUCCACCCUUACCCCCUCCAGCGUCCACACCAACUACCCUGGGCGCUACCACUACUACAAUCUCAACCUUAGGUACCGUCUCCGUCACCUCAACCCCUCCGCUCGCCAUCACUGCGCCGUCCGCUACAACCUCGGGGACGCCACCCCGUCUAGCACCGAGCAGCACGACGGUCGUCGUCCAGACGGUUCUGCUGCCGGGGGCGACGCAGACGGCGGAUCCCAUCUCGGCGGCGUUUGGAAGGCGAGAAACGCUGAGUGGAAGUUUGGGCCUUGUGGUUCUUGCGUUCGCGGUGGGAUGGGUGUUCGUUUAG